UUUAUGUGUGCACCAAUAUAUUUUAUUGUUAAAUUACACCACUGGUGUAAAUAAAAUAAAUUUAAUUUAUAGUCUUGUGAAGUUUAUUCAGGUGACAAAUUUACAUAUUAUUCAGUAACUUGCUAAUUAUUUAUCACAGAUAUGUAAUUCAGAAUGCUGCUACUAGAUUUUUAUUAUUACUAUUAUUAUUACCAUUUUUACUAUCAAAAAAUUUGAAAAUUCAGUGGAUAGUAAAUAAAUUUGACGUAACACAAUGAAUAUUUUAAUCAUGAAGUAUUUGAUAUCAAUUAUCUGUUUAUUUUUAAACAUUGAAAAUGUUUUGAUGGUUUCAUCAAUUCCAAAAUUGCUUAUCGUAUCUUAUGAUGCAUUCAGAUAUGAUUAUUUCAAUCGUAAUAUAACUCCACAUAUGAAAGAAUUAAAAGAAGAAGGAACAGACGUUGAUUAUAUGAUGAAUGCAUUUGUUACAAGAACGCUUCCUAAUCAUCACACCAUGGCAACUGGUUUUUAUAUUGAAACACAUGGUGUUUUGGAGAAUCGUAUGUUUAAUAAAAAUGGAACAAUAUUAAAAAAUCAAUCAGAUGUUUUUCAUUAUAAUAAUAAUAUACUUCCUAUUUGGACAAUCAAUGAAAAGAAUGGUAGUGGAUCGCACAGUGGAUCUAUGAUGUGGCCCGGCGGUGAAUUUGAUUAUGGUGGAGUAGUUCCAAAAUUUUUUACGCCGUUAAAUGUAACAACAAGUUGGGAAACUAGAUUCGAUACAUUAGUAUCAUGGUUUCUUCAUCCAAAAACACCAAUAAAUUUAGGAAUUUUAUAUAUUGAAGAACCAGAUUUUCAUGCUCAUGCUUAUGGUACUGAACAUCCUGUAGUUAAUGAAUUAUUAAAAAAAUUAGAUACCUUUACGUACUAUAUAUACAACAAACUAAAAGAUAACAAUUUGACUGAUGUUAAUGUGAUUCAUUUGAGUGAUCAUGGAAUGACGGAAGUUAAUAUAUCAAGAAUCAUAAAUAUUUCACAAAUUAUUGAUUUAUCUGACUGUGAAUAUUUACCUACGUCGAAUACUAUAUUUAUUAUACCACAUCCCGGUAAAGAAGAAAUACUUUACGAUAAAUUAAAUUCAGCAGCUAAUGAAACAUCAAAAUUUCGGGUUUAUCGUAAAGAAGAAAUUCCAGAAAGAUUUCAUUACGGUAAUAAUGAACGAAUGACACCAAUAUUUGUUGUUGCUGAAAAUGGAUAUGCAUUUGAAUUUUUACGUGAUUCAUUUGAUUACUAUAAAAAAACUUUUAAUAUUACAAUUGAUGAUAAAUCGUUAUUUGGAAUACAUGGUUACGAUAAUGAAGACAAAAAUAUGCAUCCAAUGUUUUUUGCUCGAGGACCAGCUUUUAAAUCUCACUGUAAAUUGGAGCCAUUUCAUAAUGUUGAUUUAUUUCCCCUAUUCUGUAAUAUUUUAAAUUUAGAGUGUCCACCAACAAAUGGUACCGUGAAUUCAUUUAAAAAGUGCCUAAAAUCAUUUUCUAAUAACGAUGAGCAAAAAAAAUCUUACUCUAUGCUUGUACCAGUUUUGGUAGCUCUAUCUGUGGUUGGUACCAUUAGUAUGUUGAUUGGUCUGUAUUUGAGGUUGAAAAGGCGAAAGGAAGAAGUUCUAUAUCGGAAAGACUAUUAUCGAUAAAGUGGAUAAUUCAUCUUCGUAUCAAACUUUUUUUUAGCUUUUAAGAAUGAGUAGUGCUUGUAAUAUUUUUUUAUGGCUGAUUAGUAUUUUUUUUUUAUUGGAUUCUAUUAAUUUUUUUGAAUUAUUUGUUUUCUUAAAGUGAUUUGAAUUGUGAUAACAAAAGAUUCAUUAUAAAAUUUUAAUAACUAGCAACUAAUUAGUUGAGUAAUUUUCAGAAGAAUACUUGAUGAUGCUAAAAUGGAACACUUGUGGGAUGAGCAUCAAGAUUUAGAAAAUAUGUGGCAUUAAAGUGGAGUCAAAAUCUCUUCAAACAUUAUUUAUAUAUAUUUUUUUGUGAUAUUUUAUAUACGUAAGUUCAUUGUAAUCUAGCUUAUUUUUUAUUUAUAUACACUGUCUUUUACGUAAUAUUUGAAGAGUACAAAAUUAUAUUUGAUUUUUAAAAAUCUUAUAUCAAAAUUAGUUGUAGUGUUUAUUAUCUGUACU